GACGCGUUUCCGUCACGUCUGUGUCUGCGCGGAGGCGGCAAAGCCAGUUUGGACUCAACACCGGUGUUGUAGAGUAUUUGGUUCGGUCCUAAAUCAAACACCGCUUCAACUGUCCUGAUGUCGGGGACAAAAUGUACACGGCUGAGCGGGUCUCUGGUGAAGCAGCUGCUGGACUCGGUGGACAGCGUCCUGUUUGACUGUGACGGGGUCAUUUGGCGGGGGGACCAGGUCAUCCCCGGCGCCCCCCAGGUCAUCAACCUGCUGAAGGAGCACGGGAAGAAGGUCUUCUUCGUCACCAACAACAGCAGCAAGACGAGGAGGAUGUACGCGGAGAAGAUGUCCACGCUGGGCUUCAGCGUGACGGAGGAGGAGGUGUUCGGGACCGCGUACUGCUGCGCCAUGUACCUGAAGACCACGUGCAGGCUGGAGGGGAAAGUCUACCUGAUCGGAAGCAGCGCCAUGAGGCAGGAGCUGGAGGCCGUGGGGAUCCAGCAGACCGGCGUGGGUCCGGACCACGUCCUCGGGAAGCAGAGCGACUGGGCCGGCGUGCCCCUGGACCCCGAGGUGAGGGCGGUGGUGGUCGGCUUCGACGAGCACUUCAGCUACAUGAAGCUGAACCGAGCCCUGCAGUACCUGCUCCAGAAGGACUGCCUGUUUGUGGGGACCAACAGGGACAACAGGCUGCCUCUGGAGGGGGGCAAGGCUGUCCCAGGGACGGGCUGCCUGCUGCAGGCUGUGGAGACAGCAGCCCAGCGUCGGGCCCAGACGGUGGGCAAGCCCAACCACUUCAUGUUCGACUGUGUGGCCUCCCAGUUCGGCGUGCAGCGGGAGCGCUGCCUGAUGGUCGGGGACCGCCUAGACACCGAUAUCCUGCUGGGCUCCAACUGCGGCCUGAAGACCCUCCUCACCCUGACGGGGGUCAGCACGGUGGCGGACGCUGAGGCCAACUGGGAGAGCGGCUGCACGGAGAGGCAGGGGAUGGUGCCGGAUUAUUACGUGGAGAGCAUCGCAGACCUCCUUCCAGCUCUGCAGGCAUGAGACUGAAAAGUCCUAUUUUAUGGACAAAGACUCUACAAACCCAGAUUUUAUUUAUUUAAUCAAUUAUGUUAAUUUUAAAUGACAUUAAUGAUUGAUAUAUAUAUA